CUUCGGCAUUUUCAGGACUGCUUUGACCAAAACUCAAUAAUAUAAUUGUCUUCUUCGGACUUCUACUCGCAAAACGUAGCUUUGCUGCCAAAAGCCGCCGAUUACAUACAAAAGUGCUGAACCUACAAAAAAGAACAAAACAUUGUAGCAAUGAAUGAUACAAGAGUGCAAGAUGAGGAGCUUGGAUUUUUCCAGGACACUAUGAAUGACCUUGGGGAUGCCUGGGACGCCGCAUAUCUGGUGUGGAGCGUUCAGUGGUUGUUGAUUGGGGUGCCAGGCGAUUUGCUGAUCAUUUCGGCCAUUGCGAUAUUCAAAGAGCUAAAGACUAUUCCGAUGGCACAGACGGCCAACCUGGCGUUCAGUGACCUGGUGGUGGGGGCAACCAAUGUGAGCACCACUUGGCUAAUCCUCCUGUUCGACAGCAGACUCCUCAUGGACCACAACGCCCUCUGUCAGCUGAGUGGAUACAUUUGCAAUCUGGGCUGCAGGUGCUCCAUCAUAUCCAUAUGCUGCAUCUCAUGCAACAGUGAGCACCUGAACCCGGAUGACUUUGUUGAUGCGACUGUCGAUAUCAAGAUAUGCUGGGACGAGAUCUAUGACCGAGUGUACAACACAUACACCAUGCCUCUUCACUUGCUGGUCCCCUGGAUUCUGGGGCCCGUGAUGAUGCUGCCUGCUCUGCUGCGGGGCAAGAAUGCAUUUGUCUAUGACACCCGAAUGCUCCUCUGCCCCACCUGGUACUUCAGUCAAGCAGAGUACACCUCUAUCCAGUGGUACGAGACAAUCUCGCUUCUGCCUCCCACUUUGGCUGUGAUGGCAUUCACGAGCUACAAGAUAUUUGAUAAAGUGCAUCAGAGUGGCAAGAACUUCUCCGGCAGUGACCCCACCCAAACAUUCACGCAACGAGACAUACAGCUGAUGAAGGUACUGAUGAUGAUGUUCGCUGCAUUCCUGGUGGCUAACUUUCCCUGGUUCCUCCUUGUCACUUUCGACUUCCAAGACAGAGUGUACCACGGGGUGUACUAUGUGACCGUGUGGUUAGUGCACACUGCAACAACUCUCAAUCCCCUCAUCUAUGCCGCCAAGUAUCCUCAGUUUCAGAAGUGCUUCAAGCGCAUUGCCAACUAUUUAUGCAGCUGCAAAGUAUUCCAAAUAACUAAAACACGAUGAAUUUAUUGUUCCACUUUCGAACUUUUU